AUGCCUACUCUAUCCCUCCGCGAAGUCUUGGGCAAACCCAAUUCAACUGCAUCUGUCAAGGAUUCGGUUCUCAUCAUCAUCGACGCACAAGACGAAUACAUCUACGGCCCAUUACCAGCUGUCGACUACAAAGAAGUCAACGUUGCCAUCGCUAGUCUGCUCGAGAAGUACCGAAAGCAGAAUGGACAUGUGAUUCAUAUCGUACACAACAGUGGCACAGACGAGUCCCCGAUUUUCAAACCCAACGGCAAAUUGAUCAAGGAAAUGGAUGGUAUCGAGGCUAUCAAUGGGGAGACUGUCAUAGAGAAGAAGCACGCCGGCUCAUUCGCGGAGACAAACCUCCAGGAAGUUUUGAAGAAGAUUGGGUUGAACAAGCUGGUCUUGACAGGGUACAUGGCACAUGGCUGUGUAUCUAGCACAGCUCGCGAGGCAGCCACGUUGGGCUAUGAUGUUCUUGUUGCGCAGGACGGUGUUGGCCAGCGUGACAUGAAGGAAAUCCCUGCUGCGCAAAUCAAGAAGGGCGCUCUAGGAGCACUGGACGACAUGUUUGGCACUCUCGUCACAAGUGCUGACAUCAACUAA